AUGAUACCCACCAACAAUCGGCUUCGACCAGGCAUGGGGAAAAACAUCAUUCUCUGCCUGGAUGGCACGUCCAACAGUUUCGGAGCAGGUCCCGAAACCAACGUCCUCAAGCUGUUCCGCAUGCUCGAAAAGGACUCACCCAACCAAUUGGUUUAUUACCAGCCCGGAAUCGGAACCCACAUCACCGUCGACCUGCCCAAAACCAUCUGGUCAGCAGCAUACUCAUACGCAGAAAAAAUUGUCGACAUUGGAAUAGCCUGGUCCCUUGAUGCACACAUUAUUGCCGCCUACAUGUUCUUGAUGAAACACCAUUGCCAUGGCGACCGGAUAUACCUGUACGGCUUCUCAAGAGGUGCCUUCACCGCUCGAAUCCUCGCAGGUAUGCUGGACCGAGUCGGAUUAUUGUCUCCAGGCCAGAACGAACUGGUACCUUGCGCGUGGGAAAUCUACAAGACGUGGGAAGCAGCUGGUCAGCCUAUGGAAGACAAGACGUCCAACCUGGCAUGCUCUUUCAAGUCGACAUUCAGUGUCCCUUCUGUGUGCGUCUACUUCAUGGGUUUGUGGGACUCCAUCAACAGCAGUGGCAUUAUUCUGGACCGCUCGUUCCCCUACACCUCUUCGGCGGGUAUCGUUCACCACAUUCGACAUGCUGUCGGCAUUGAUGAACGACGAGCCAAGUUUAAACAGAACCUCUUUGUCCCUCAUUGCUACAACCCAACACUUUUUGGUCCUUCCGGCAUAUUUGCCGAGCGUCAGAGCCCUGAACUGACUCCUGAGACAAGCCCACAGACCAGUAUUGUUUCCAGUGUCCGCGUCAGCCCUGUUGAGAGUCGGCAGCAUACACCCAAAGGAUCGAUGGUCAUACUGAGACACCCUACUUCUCCUGUCCCUAUCAGUGCGAGCACACCGGUUCUUGCAAGUGGAUCAUCAAUUCGAACCACGGCUUCAGGACGUCGAUUUCCUUGCAGCAGCCGUUCAGAACUGUCCCACAUGUUCCGUGCUCACUCUGAACAAUCUCAUAUGAUUGGGACACAGAAAACACGCCAUAGACCGGAGCGAUCAGGAGAUCUCGUGGAGUUGUGGUUCCCAGGUGACCAUGGUGACGUAGGGGGAGGAUGGUUACCUCGAGGGUCACCACAUUUGCUCUCUGACAUUCCUCUGGCGUGGAUUCUCUCCGAGAGCGUCAAGUUUAAGGUGAUCUUUAAGGAGGGAGUGAUUGACGAAUUUCGAAACAACCAUGAUCCCGAAGAGUGUCUUAUUGCACCCAUGCACGACUCUCUAAAUCUCUUUCGACGUCAGGGAGAAAACGGUCGUGGAGAAGAUCCUUGGUGGAGACCGUGGUUCUGGUGGUUUCUUGAAACCAUGCCGGUCGCUUACCGGGUUGAGAACGAGGAAGAGAAAUGGACAAGGGUUGCAGUUCCCAAUUACGGUCGGGCACGGACCAUUCCUAUGGGUGCCAAAUUUCAUUGGAGUGUGGCUUGGAGAAUGAGGUUGGUUGACGGAUAUCGUCCGUUUGAUCGUUCAGAGGAUGAUGACGGUUCCAGUGUGACUGGCGGUGGAAGUAGCAGUGACGAAUACGGUGCUAUUCCCGAUGACUUUGACUGUCAUGAUGGUUGCUAG